CUGCUAUCAGAUAUCCUUUGACAAGUCAUGCAUGCUUGUUCUCGGUCCCGUGCGUCACAGCUGCAUUAGAACACGCCCCUUCCAAGCGCUUGUUGAGUAGGAAUGACAAGGAAACAUGACAAGCGCUGAAGACGAAUCUCAUAUACUGUUAUAACCGCGCGCGUUCACGUCGCCGCGUCAUUUGAAUGCCGCUCCACCGCUUCAAAUCUGAACGGAGCCACGGGGAAAGCCGCUUGGGACGCAGCCAAAAAUUACCACCGAGAGGAGAAACCCAGCCCUGCUUCGAUUACGCACCGAGAGAGGGAGCACGCUGAUAGUGACAGCGACGCUUCAACAGCUAAACUCAUCUGUGAUCAACCGUGCGAUACUUGCUCCGUUGUCUGCCGUGCAGCCUCGGAGGAUGUAGAGCUCGGCCUGCUGUCUCGGGCAUGUUCGGUUUAACGGGACUCGUCGCCAGUGGCUCGACAACGCUGUGUUUGAACAGGCAAUGCCUUCCUUACGCAAACUACAACAGCCUCACGCGUGUGCCAGCGAUUCGUCGUUUUACUUAUCUAUACGUGUGUUGAUAGUUUAAAAUGCCUAGGUUUUGAUUUAAAUACUUUUAUACGGACGGAAUAUCGCGUAUUGGGCUGAGAGGAGCAAUAAGGAGCAGCUCUAUCUACUCUUCGGCUUCCAGGUUUUUUUUUUUUUUUUUUUUUUUUGAUGGAGCUGGAGAAUAUUGUUGCAAACACUGUACUCCUGAAGGCACGAGAGGGCGGAGGAGGAAAACGGAAAGGAAGAAGUAAAAAAUGGAGGGAGAUCCUUCGCUUCCCUCAUAUCAGUCAGUGCACAGAGUUGAGCAAAACCAUCGAGCGGGACUAUUUCAGCCUGUGUGACAAGCAGCCCAUCGGGGGACUUCUGUUCCGCCUCUACUGUGAGACGCGACCAGAGCUGCAGCGAUGCAUCCAGCUCCUGGACGCCAUGGAGGACUACGAGGUGACACCCGAUGAGAAGAGGAAGAGUCGAGGAGAUGAGAUCAUCAAGAAGUUUCUCACCAAGCAGUCCUCUGAUUGUGUAGAUAUAGCUGAAGGUCUUGCUGAAAGUUGCAGAGAAAAUCUAGAACUGAGCCCCUGCAAGGAGAUCUUCAGUGACUGUCGCAAAGCUCUUCAUGACUACUUAAGUGGUGCUCCUUUUACUGACUAUCAGAACAGCAUGUACUUCGACCGCUUCCUCCAAUGGAAAAUGCUAGAAAGACAAUCCGUCACAAAAGACACGUUUCGGCAGUACCGAGUUCUGGGGAAAGGAGGCUUUGGAGAGGUGUGUGCGUGCCAGGUGAGAGCCACAGGAAAAAUGUAUGCUUGUAAAAAGCUGGAGAAGAAAAGGAUAAAGAAGAGGAAGGGGGAGGCCAUGGCUCUAAACGAGAAACAGAUUCUGGAGAAGGUCAACAGCAGGUUUGUGGUUAGUUUAGCGUACACGUAUGAGACCAAAGAUGCCCUGUGUCUGGUGCUGACCAUAAUGAACGGUGGUGAUCUGAAGUUUCACAUCUAUAACAUGGGAACCCCAGGCUUCGAGAAGGAGCGUGUGCAGUUCUACGCCGCAGAGAUCUGCUGCGGUCUCGAGCACCUGCACAGAGAGUCUAUCGUCUACAGGGAUUUAAAACCAGAGAAUAUACUAUUAGAUGAUAAUGGUCAUAUCCGGAUCUCAGACCUGGGGCUGGCCAUUAAAGUGCCUGAUGGAGAACAGAUCCGUGGCCGAGUGGGGACCGUGGGCUACAUGGCUCCGGAGGUGAUCAAUAACGAGCGCUAUGGCAUGAGUCCGGACUGGUGGGGACUGGGUUGUCUGAUCUAUGAGAUGACCGCCGGCCGAUCGCCUUUCCGCGCUCGCAAAGAACGAGUGAAGAGAGAAGAGGUGGAGAAGAGGGUGCAGGAGGAAGAGGAGGAGUACAGCGACAAGUUUACAGAAGACACCAAAGGCAUCUGCAGGAUGCUGCUAGCCAAAGAUCCCAAGCAGAGGCUCGGCUGCCAGGCGGACGGAGGUGCUGGAGUCAAAGCCCACCCCUUCUUCAAGAACAUCAACUUCAAGAGGCUAGAAGCCGGCAUUCUGGAACCUUCCUUUGUGCCUGAUCCCAGGGCGGUCUACUGUAAAGAUGUUCUGGACAUUGAGCAGUUCUCCACCGUUAAGGGUGUCAACCUGGACCAAACAGACAAUGAUUUCUACUCCAAGUUUGCCACUGGCAGUGUCUCUAUCCCAUGGCAAACUGAGAUGAUCGAGACGGAGUGCUUCAGUGACCUUAAUGUAUUCGGGCCUCAGGGAACGCGGCCCCCUGACCUGGAUUGGAACCAGCCUCCCGAGCCUCCUCGGCGUAGCCUGCUGGACAGGAUCUUUAGGAGACAUGUGAGGAUCCCCUCCACCUCCACCACAGAGGAACACCCCAGAGAACACAAUAGUUAACUACAGACCAGCAUCCAGAGGUGACCAUCGCUCAAACCCGGGUCUCGUCUUCCAGCGUCAACUCUGUUGACUCCAUGACAAACUCUGCCCCCUAGUGGACAGACUGCUGCGGGACUACAGGAAACAACAGCGAGUGAGCGAUAAACAGAGGAAAGAAUGAGAGUGAGGAACUCCUCCUGCCCUUUAAAGACCGGUCGACAGAACGUGGAAGAGCGUUUUCCUUGCCUUGGCCCACAUUAUCCAUCCACUGCCCGCUGAGAGGACAGGAGACGAAACAAGCUCCCGUUUUUGUGACAGAAAGGAGAACUUUUAUUCCUUCACCUCACGCUCCCUCAGGAUUGCUGGAACAGUAAAGAGCCACUGACAAAUGACAGAAUAUUAACUCAUAUUAUUCAGGGGAUUUUAUCGACAAAGAAAGGCCUCCACAGGGAACGGGAAGGGGGCUUUUUAAAUGUUCUUUUGCAAAGGAAAGCUAAUAUAGUGAACUUAAGAGACUACACACGCACUCACAAACACACACACACACACACACACUCUCUCUCUCUCUCAUUUCCUCCUCCAUCCCUCUUGCAAUAGGCCUACUUACCUACCCAUUUUUUCUUUUCUUUCCGUCUACACGUAACAUCUCCAACCUCAACCUAAAAUGUGCAUUUCCUUGAAUACUCUUGAGGCCAAAGAUGGAGCUUUUUACAAGAAGACACGUAUUUGAGUAGCUGUUGCCAUAAUUCACUUCAGAGAGUGACGGAAGGCCUAAAAGCACAAGGAAAUAGGAGCUCGGUGAAGCUGUACAUUGUUCCCGCCCUAUUUAAUUUCCAAAUUAUGUAAUAGCACUGAAAAACAAACUCACUCUGGCAGUUUCAGCCUCUUCCAGUCCACCGAAAGGGAUAGUUGUCAUGUUUACAUGUUUACAUCCUCAUCUCUGUCUGAACCUGUAUGACUUUCCUUUUUCUGGUGAACAUUAAAGAAGAUAUUUUGAAGAAUGUUGGUAACCAAACAGUUUCGGUUCCCAUCGACUUCCAUUGUUUCUUUUGUCCAAUCAAUGGGAACCGAAACUGUUUGGUUACCAACAUUCUUCAAAAUAUCUUCUUUAAUGUUCACCAGGAGAAAGAAAGCGAUACAGGAUCUGGAACGACAUGUAAAUGGUGACAAGAAAAGGUCAUUUUUAGGUGGAUUGACCUAAGUCCGUUUUCUUAAAUCUCAUCUGCUUUGUGUGAUAGGCACAACUUGGUCUACAAAUAUGAGCUAAAAGUAUCUCUGUAUGGUCACUUCCUUUGUGCUUAAAGGCCGUUGGGCAGUGGUGAAAGGCGGAGCUAUAUGAGUGGGCGUGGCCUUUGGGUAGAUACAUAGCCAAUCAAGGCACAAGAAGUGAGUCAGGGAGUCUUUCUCAUCUCAUCACAUUAUACAUAAGUGGCUCAUUAAACAAAUUUACAGAAAAUUAAGGACUGUAACAGUUUAUUAAUUAAGUUUUCAUAGGCAAAUUGGCGUUAAUUCGAGGAAAUUACUUGACUCUUAAACAUAAGCUACUUAGACUUUUGCUGAUGUGUAAAACAGUUUAAAAAUGUGUUAAAUUUAUAUUGUUGCAAGCUCCAAGAGGAGAUGGUAUCAACCACCUAAUCAUCAUAAUCACUGCAGGAUCGCCACAUUUGAGCAUUUAUACAUUUUAGGACCGCAAAACCGCUUUUCUUCCAGAUUUGGCGUGUAAAUAUGCCUUCAUUCCAUCCGAUGUCAACCACUACUAGACUGAAACUGGCAAAACUUCACUUCAGCAUUUACACACGCGCACCAUAAUACACCAAACUCAUUCACUUUCAUACCUCAGCGGCUGUUUUCUCUUAUUUAUACAGUUUCCAAUCCGAUGCCAACUGGUAGGAACACAUUUCACCCAUCUUUCCCAGCUGUGCAUGUAGGCUACUCAUUUAAAAAGUGUGCAGGAUUCCAGUUGUAUAGACAUCACGGGAAUCCAAAACGUACAUCCCGUCCAUAGAGAAUACGUGAUGGUUUUGUAGUGUUUCUUAAUGAAUGGAUAGUUUUUCAGUAACCAAACGGUGCGAUUCAAGAAGGAACAGAAAACUAAUCUCAACCUCAUACAAUACCAUUCCAAGGUUUUUAUACGCCUCCUCAUUCAUUAGCGCAUCUCAAGACAAAUCAAGUAUAUUAAAAUAGUGACUUGAAGCUAUUUCACGAGUACGUAUGCUAAGUGCCAUGUCAUUUCCAAUCAUUAAACUGAUGUGUGUUUACCAAACGAUGCAUCAGUUAUGCCAUUCAUUUGCCCUGCUAGAAAUGUCCUCCGAAGGUUCACGUGUAUACUUAGUGCAGGUUCUAACAUUUCACGUUUCUUCUCAUUUAAAGAGUGUAAUAACUGGUUAUUACUGCACUGUAUCAUGACAUGUUACAUGAAUUGCACUGCACACUGCAUGGUCAGUCAGCUGUUCAUUGAGCGGGACCAGUGUGUUGGUUUUAGGGGCUGAUCUCUGUAUGCUAGCGCCAUGCUGUUGUUCGCUGAGGUGAGACUUUUUACACCACAUAGUUGUGAUGAUUCAUAGUCAAUUUAAGGUGAAAUUCAGAACUGAUUCAUGUUGAUGCAUUUCUCAUAUUUAAAAAAAUAGUAGCCAAUGUUAACAGCUUGUUCGGAAGUACUUUUUAUUUACCAUUGCAGCGUAAUUCUGCAACACCGUUCUGUAUCCAAAUUGAGGAAGCUUCUUACAACAGUGGCUUAGUUGCUAGUAAAAAAAUGAUUAACUCUGACUCUGAGUCUCAGUUACUGAUUUUGGGAAUUUGAAGCAGACUUUUCCCCAUGUAUGCACAGAUUUAUAUAAUAAUGCAUUAGUAAUAAUACAAGUUUUUCACAAAGAGGGACUGAUGUAAACAGAUACUAUGUUAUAUCGGCAAGUAAGUGUUGAUUUGAUUCAGUGAGCUAGCAUUAUUAGUGUUCUUCAAAAUAUAAAGGUGAGAGCCUGAAGGUUUGAAAUGUUAAACUUACAGGUUUAUAUAUCUUCAUUGUCCCUCUGAAGUAAUAAAAAAUCUGUGAAGUUUAGAAAAAGGAUGAGCCUUUCCUCCGUCUGAGAGUUAAUGCUUUGCUUAUGUAUAUUUCCUUUAUGUCCUCCAUACAAUGUGUCAUAUGAACUUGUGUUGACACUUAUGUAAUUGCUGUGUAAAAGGGAACUUGCCUUUAAAAACAACGACCAAACUAAGAGGAAACUGAAGUGGUAUUUAUUUGGAAAGUAAAAACUGAAAUCUCUCACUGGAGAAGAUCAGGUUUUGAGGACGUGGCUUCUGUCGGAUUCAUAUUAUUAUUUUAUUAUUAUUAUUUUUUGUAUAAGUCUUGAAGCAAGUUUUAAUCACAUUCUGGAACAAAAAAAAACAAUACAAUGAAGUGCCUCCUUUUUAGUAGUCUAGUCCAGGUUAUUUCCCAUGAUACGGUUUGCACUUGUUUCACUUCAGUAAUUCACGUGAUGUAAACAUGUACACGCACAAACACACGCACACAUGUUUUAAAGAGUGUUGUACUACGCUGAUUGCAUGUGAAGCCAAACCUGAAAGAGUCCCUCUGAAUAAAACCUGUGCUGGCCUCAA